AUGAUCCAGUCGAGAAGAUUUAGUCCGGCGAUCGCAGCGCGGACAGCUACACUUUUACCUGGACGAGCAUACCUUUCGCGGACAUCAAAUGACCAGUAUAGGAGACUCAGCACACUAUUAAGCGACGCCCGGAGGACGCCGCAAGCAAGUCCUUCUUUCGAAACCACGCUUUUAUCGUCUCUAUUACUUCCCCGACGAUCUCUCCAUUCCACCGCGAUUCGAAGCCAAGAACAAAAGGAGCAAGCGCAAAAGAACCAGAAAAAAGCCGAAGCCGAGCCCGAAGCCGAUAGUGAAAAGAAGACGGAAAGCGAAGGCGAGUCCUCUCGAGAGCAGAAGAAAGACGUUCCUCCUCCACCACCACAUGGCGACAAGACACCAUGGCAAGUCUUCACCGAAACUCUAAGAUCUGAAUUCAAAAAAUCCAAAGAAUGGGAGGAAGGUACCAAAGCUCUUGCAUCAUCUGCACACACCUUCACCGAGAGUGAGUCAGUCAAGCGAGCCCGUGCUGCUUACGAGGUUGCCUCGAGUACCGCAUCGUCUACCACAUCAACCGCUUUGAAAUCCACUGGAAGGGCUAUUGGACAAGGAGCAGCUUGGACAUGGGAAACUCCAGUAGUCAAGGGACUACGUAAGGGAGUUUCUGCAACUGGAAAGGGCAUUGAGAAAGUCACACGACCAGUCAGGCAGACUGAAGCUUAUAAGAGCGUGAAGGAAGCUAUCGAUGAUGGCAGUAGCUCUCGUUAUGGUGGAUGGGUCGAAAAAGAAGAGCGUCGCCGUCAAAGGCAGUUGCGCGAAGAGAAUGAGUUGAAAUCAGGUCGAUCAUCUCGAAUUGAACCUAUGGAGGAAGAUCCCAAUGCCGGCACGAACCUUACCGUUCAUAAAGACUCGGCUUGGAAAGAAUCCUGGAAGGACUUCCGCGAUAAGAGCCCGGUGAUGCAACGACUAUUCUCGCUCAAAGAUACAUACAACGAAUCCGAAAACCCUCUUAUUUCCACAGCCCGCAGCAUCUCCGACCGUGUGGCUGGCUUUUUCGCCGAAAAUGAGACCGCCAGAGUCAUCAAGAAGUUCCGUGAGAUGGACCCCAGCUUCCAGCUCGAACCAUUCCUCCGAGAGAUGCGUGAAUACAUUUUGCCAGAAGUUCUCGACGCCUAUGUCAAGGGAGAUAUCGAGACUCUCAAACUGUGGCUAUCCGAUGCCCAGUUUUCAGUAUACUCUGCGUUAGCACAACAGUACACAACGCUCGGCAUGAAGUCUGACGGCCGUAUUUUGGAUAUUCGAGGUGUCGACAUUGCGAAUGCUCGCAUGCUUGAGCCCGGUGAUAUCCCUGUUUUUGUCAUCACAUGCAGAACUCAGGAAGUCCAUGUCUACCGUAACUCCAAAACAAACGAACUUGCUGCAGGAAUGGAAGAUCGUGUUCAGCUCGUCACGUAUGCAAUUGGUGUUACAAGAAUCCCCGAGGACGUCAACAAUCCCGAGACACGAGGAUGGAGAAUGAUCGAACUGCAAAAGGCUGCAAGAGACUAUAUCUAA